AUUGUACAACGUGAUGUUUUCUUUAAUUCUCAAAGUGGACGCUUUAAAUUGCGCUAUCUACAGCCUCCUGCACGUUCUCAACUUGUCUACUAUGAUCGUCCCGAUGUGGCCGGGCCAAAAUUGUCAAAAUUCAAUAAAACCGAACUUGAUGAGCCAGAGGUAAUGGAAAAGAUUCUAACACAAUCGAAUGGUGUACGUGGUGUCUUAUCCAAAAAACGUUAUUUGUUUAUGUAUGAGAGAACACGCAUUCACUUGGAUAAGGUGGAGGAUUUGGGUAAUUUUAUGGAAUUUGAAGUGUGUUUAUUGCCGGAGCAGACAAUAGAAGAGGGUCAGGCGGUGGCUGAUAAGUUGAUAAAGGAAUUUGGCAUUAAAACUGAAGAUCUUAUGACGGGAGCAUACUUUGAUGAGUUGAAGAAAUAAUGAAGUUAUAAAUAAAAUGUGAAUUUAUAAAUUUAGUUAAUUAAUGAUUAAAAAAUAAUAAUAAUAAACAUAUUUGUUGUAAAAGAGAAAACCUUGUUUUGUAUUUGUUGUUGCAUUUUCAUUGUGACUCCACAAAACUAUUUCUUACAAAAUGUUGCCGCCAAAAAUUUUAGGGAGACUGUCAAUAUAAAUUUUUAAUGGUACUUACUUAUUAUUAAUGCAAUUUAACAGCAACCUUCAUCUCCUUUUACAUUUGAUUUAGUUGUAGUUAUAAAUUAAUAUUUUAUUUAUCACUUAAUUGUUUAAUAACAUUAAAUUUUUUAAAAUAAAGUUUAAAGU